CACCCUUCGCCAGAUUGUUGGUUUUGAUGUUGUGUUUCAGGACCUAAUGCCAAUAUUCCCCGAAUCGACAAAUCACCAUCAAAAAUUCCCAUACUUGUGAAGAAGACCAAGAUGACCGCAGGAAAAGCCAGCGGCAAACGGACUUUAGCGGAUGUGAUGGACGAAGACAUGGUUGCCCAGAGGAAGAAGCGAACACACGACAAAUGGUUGUCCAAAUUUUUUACUCCGCCGACGGCCCAGUCGCAGCACAGAAAUAAAACUUCUCAAACCUUCGCCGUCUGUUCCUCUCGUCGGCGCGAUGAAAAAGAGAAUGUCAAGGUCACGAUCGGUGCUGAGGCCGACGAAGGCGAUUUCAGUUCCUUGAUCGCUCAAGGCGAGGUGGAUUUGCAGAUGACGCUCGAUAUUGAGAAUGUCUUAACGACACAAACAGUGGAGCAAGAAGAUGGCUAUAUCUCCCCAACGCCCUCCGGAUCGCAGGACACGGAGGAGCUGUCGUCUCCCCUACGUCCGCAAGAUACGCCGAAGCGAAUGCCCUCGAAAACCAAAUCCCUAGACGAUUUGUAUUUCGGUGUCGACGCUGUCUCAAGUCCGCCCCUUGCGUCCCCGAGACGAGCUCAAUCUCUCACCCCGCAGCCACAUCCUCAAAAAUCUGAUGGUAGGGUGCUGUUUCAAAAUGCCUCCGUGCAUGAGAAUGAAUUUAUGGCGGGCCCCGAUCUGAGGAAUCAGUUGGGAGACGAGUUGACGGAUGAUAGCGACUGUGUGGCGUCCAACGGCAUUGACGACGUACUUGAACAAGGCGCUGUUUCAUGUCCGAAUCUAUCUCCGCUGACACCCGACGAUGAGCUGGAGGACGUCGAGGAUAAUGUUGAAAGGGAUUACGCCUCUAGAGAGAACGCAGUUGCAGCAGGGUGGCGGGCAUCUUACACUUUGAAACGACGAGAAACUAAUGUGACACCUGUUGGGAGGUAUCGAGGCGUAAGACAGCCAUUGUCUCGAUCACACCCUUACCUUAUCUCUGCCCCGAAAUCUUCCCUCCCGAAGUACACCCCAAAGCCCCCAAAUAAGCUCGGAAGGGGUAGGGCGAGUCUUGUUUUCUUCAAUGAACCCGUGAACAUGUCUCGAGACAAGAUCGCAGAUGAAAGAUAUCUCGAGCCAGAUGUAGAGUCGGAGUCUGUAAAAGAUACUGUGGACGACGACGUGUUUCAAAAACUAGCGAAGGGACGUCUGGAUCGUUUUCGGUAAGUUCAGUUUUCCUGUGGUGAUCGCAAGAAGGGC